AUGAAGUACCCAUACCUGAAACCCGACAUAAAGCCGCUUUCCACCUCUGUGGUAAGGAACAAUGACGGGACGCUUGUGUAUAAAUUCUUUACAGAUAAGGGGUUCGAUCCUGUAUGCAAGAAAACCGUAGGAAUACGAUUACCAAUGCCUAUACGAAUAUUGCGGACGGAUAGAAAGACUCCCAAGGGUGACCCCACAGCAAAGAAUUGGAGUAUAAGUCAUCAAGUUAUCUCUACUGCCAGGCCGAACACUAUUAGCUUCAUAUUGGUUCACUGCCGUUGCGCUCUUCAUAGCAUUCACUGCAGCAGGCAACGAGUAACAACAGAAACAGAACAUCAGACUAACUCCGGGUUGUCUGCAUGGCUAACUAUGCUAUCCACUUCAUUGUUCACCAUACUGUGGUCCCCAGGAGUCGAAAUAAGAUUACCGCCCGAUGAUAAGUUAUUGGUUGCAGGACAAGACACCACACUUCUGUUGUGUUCGUUGUAUAACCAUUCCAUUGGAAAAGCUGAAAAUAUCCUCUUCUGUGGCAAAGCAACAAUUCAGAUUCACAACCCUGUAAGCAGGCAACAGAAAAGAAGCACGUGCACUGAGAAUUGA